AUGGCCCAGCGGUCACUACAUGGCCUCAUCACCUUCCUAACUUGCCUCUUCCCCUACCUCCCGGUCGCGGAGGCCCUGGCAUACCUUGACGCUGUCGACGCCGACCCCCUUGCUGCUGCUGCCCUCAUCAUCGCCAGACAUGGGCGGAACUACUACUGGAUGGACCCUACCAUUGCCGCCGCCACCAUGGCGAUGGCCCUCAAAUGCGGAGCAGUUGCCGCCCAGCAUCCAGACCCAUCCCUACUAGUGAAAGGAUGGAUGAGUCUUUCACAUCACCUGCAUCAGAUCGCCCGUCCUCUGUCAGUCCCCUUUUCGGACUUCAUUACUGGGAGUUUCGUACUCCGCAACCUUCAAAAUGAAUCUUGCAAUCUUGAGGUCCAAGCUAUGUGGGAACUUGCAGAUAACAGGCUUCGUGCAAAGCUUAAGCUUUCUGGUGGUGGCUUACUCUUACCCACAGGGCUUCCUCCUAUCCGCACAUCCAUGAUGCGUAUGCUCCUUGCAAAAAUCCAUGGAUUCUACCUGAAGGCACUGUGCAGUCUCCCCAAGGAUGAGCUGACUGGGAGGUGCCUAUCCUCUAUUGGCACGUUGUUGGACCAUCAACAGGAACCUGAACCUACAGUGGUUGGCAAGUCAGAAUACGCCGAAAUAUCUCGACGCGUGCACAGGUUCUGGGGCCUGCAUGACCGAGUCAGUAGCAUGGUGUUAGCUGCACUGGAGAAAUUCAACAGAAUUCAUGUUGGAAUCCCAGAUUCCCAGUAUAGCCUUCAUGUUAUCUGUGGUGUUAAUGAGCUUGUAUCUGGGCCAAAGUUUUGCAACCACUUUCUGGCGCAUCUUCCUUUCAAAUAUCAGUAUUCCCAUAUCAACUUUCUGGCUACUCUGGAUGCUCAACCUCCAAAGCUCUUCUUUGCUGAAUGUAACCUUGAUGAUCAUAAUGAUACUUGGUGUGUCCCUGUGGAUUGGUCACGCCCAGUUGGUGGACAAGCUCGGUGCUUUUAUUGUGAGAGUCAUGGUAAUAGGAUCAUCCAUCCAGCCUUGUCCGUUUUCCAUGGGUUUAACUUUGAGGAGGCCUUCUUUGGGCCAGAUACUAAAAGUUUUUAUGACAACAACCAGAUCAUCUUCUUCAAAUCUGUAUUUGCGGACUGGGUGAAUAGUGUGGAAGAAGAAGCUAUCUACAACAAUUACAGACUUCGUGAUGACGAUGAUGGUAAUGGGGACUCCAAGCGUUUACGACUUUGA